ACAAACCAGAAGCAAGGCGAGACGAAGAUGGCGACGACGGGGGAAGCGGCGUGAUGUGCGGGAGGUGGAGAAUCCGUUCUGCAUUUGAUAGGUUUAAACUUGGAUCAACGGACAAACGAGUUUGUUCGGGACUCUCUUUUUUAUUUAAAUACAAGAGGGUGGUUCCUUUAGGGAUUCUAACACUUCUCGAGUAAUACUUGUUUUUUUGUUUUUCCUCAAACAUUCAAACAUACAGUAUAUAUGAGAGGAAACUCGCCGGCAGCAUGGCUUCGCACAGUAAUCAGUAUAUCUUUGGCGAAUUCAGUGCUGAUGAGUUUAACCAGUUCUUUGUGUCUCCUCGAUGUUUUGUUGAGCUUCCCCCUUUCAAUGACAAGAUCCUGUGUGUCAGUCAUUCAUCAGUCCUUACAGGUGAGGAAUAUCAAUCUACUGAAUGUGGAGCAGAUGAAGCAUGUGAACCUGAGGCUGAUGGGCUGAAAGACUGCAAGCACAAAGUUUCCAGUACACUGAACCCACAAGCUCCUGAAUUCAUUCUAAGCUGCCAUCCCUCUCAUAAAGUUAAUAGCCUGCAAGUGUCUAACACCAAUGAGUUCAACUCUGUUGACUGCCAACAUUCUGAAGCUUCUUCUAUGGAUGAUAACCGUGCAGAGCAAGGUUUGGAUAUGGAUAGUACUCUUGGAAGUCUGGGACAGCGUGAACGUAAAAAAAAGAAAAAAAGGCCGCCAGGAUAUUAUAACUAUUUAGAGGGGUCGAGUAGCAAUGGUAGUAGCAGCAGCAAUAGUGCUCAGGCUCAUUCUGAAACUCAGAUUCUUGUAGGACUUGUCAAUGGGCAUGCAGUGAAUUCUUUAAGCCCUGGCAGCCAUGGAUCAGAUGAAGCAGUAUUGGAGGCUUCAGGCAUGGUACCAGAGGACUUUACUGGAAGUAGUGCUUGUGUUAGCAGCACCGCUUUAAUUACCACUGCUACUAUUAUGUCUGCCACAUCAGUAUCAUCUGCCAGUAAUCAGAGGACUUGUGAAAGCCCUGAUAAUACUAACUUGAACUUAGGGAGUAGAGCCAUAUCCUUGACUUAUAUGAACAAUGCAUCUUCCUCCUCUUCCUCCUCUAACAGUAGCGAAGUCACAGAUGCGAGUAGGACUGCUGAUCAAAACCUUGAGCCUUUUGUUCAGGAGAGCACUGAACUUGUUGUAAAUGAAAUUGAUGGUUCUAGCACCCUUCUUUCUGUGCCAUGUUUGCCACAGCAGGUAUCGUGUAUUGAUCCUUCUCAUUCUGCUGCUAAUUGUGUUACUGCUACCAACAUCCCCACUAUUUCUGGAGACAAUGAUAAAGUAUAUAGUACUACUGAUGAAGAGGAAAUUGAGAAAAGUAAUGUCUUAAAUGGGCAGUUGUGUCCUGAAUCUGAUAAUUGUGCAGAAAUACAGCUGGACCCACCGGGCACAAAUGAGGACCAGCAGCAGCAAGGAGGUUUUCCUGAGCCCUGUGAGAUAGAGUCAAAAUCAUCUGAGGACUUAGGGCUAUCCACAGCUCCACUGUCAACUUCAGUGUUGGCCUCUGCUGUAUCUAACCCACCAGCUAAAUCCUGGGCUAGCCUUUUUCACAAUUCUAAACCCUCUCCAGGUGGUCCAGUGGCAUUUGUGGAAAUGAAAAGCAUGCCUGUUGUCACUGCUACCAUCCCAGCAGCUACUCAAACUCAUGACAGGACUGGAGAAGUUAAAGAGAGCCCAGUCCCUGUAUCUGAAGAUCCAAUGGCUUUUAAGAUUGCAGGUGUAAUUGAGAAUGUGAAGCUCAUUCAUAAACCUGUAUCCCUGCAACCACGAGGGCUGAUUAACAAGGGAAACUGGUGCUACAUUAAUGCUACACUACAGGCUCUUAUUGCUUGUCCACCUAUGUACCACCUCAUGAAGUCCAUUCCUGUAUUCACUGAGACAGAGAGACCAUGCACAUCUACACCAAUGCUUGAUAGCUUUGUUCGACUUGUGAAUGAAUUUAGUAAUAUGCCUGUACCUUCUAAAGCAAAACCACAAGCAGGUGGAGACAAAGUUGUUAAGGAUAUACGACCUGGUAGUGCAUUUGAACCAACCUAUAUUUACAAACUUCUUACUGUGAUCAAAUCCAGCCUUUCAGAGAAGGGUCGACAAGAAGACGCAGAGGAGUAUUUGGGGUUCAUCUUGAAUGGAUUGCAUGAGGAAAUGUUGGCAUUGAAGAGACUUGUUUUACCCAAGGAGGACAAUGGUUUUGUGUUAAAUGGGCCUGAACGGUCCCAGGUGGGAGCUGAAGAGGAGCUGUUAGAAGAAGGGGGCAGUGAUGAUGAAUGGGAGCAAGUAGGUCCCAGAAACAAAAGUUCUAUUACGAGGCAGGCAGAUUUCAUUCGUACACCUAUAACUGACAUCUUUGGAGGUCACAUUAGAUCAGUAGUCUACCAGCAAAGCUCAAAAGAGUCUGCAACCCUGCAGCCUUUCUUCUCUCUACAAUUAGAUAUUCAGUCAGAAAAGAUUCGCACUGUUCAGGAUGCUCUGGAGAGUUUGGUGGCUCGAGAGUCUGUUCAAGGAUACACCACAAAAAGCAAACAGGAAAUUGAAAUCAGUCGAAGAGUUACUUUGGAAGAGCUUCCACCAGUAUUAGUCUUACAUCUGAAGCGAUUUGUCUAUGAAAAAACAGGUGGCUGUCAGAAACUGAUCAAGAAUAUAGAAUAUCCAGUAGACUUGGAAAUCAGCAAAGAGCUCCUUUCCCCAGGAGUAAGAAGCAAGAUUUUCAAAGGCCAAAGAACCUACAGGCUUUUUGCAGUCGUGUAUCACCAUGGAAACAGUGCUACUGGCGGCCAUUACACCACGGACGUCUUCCAUAUUGGUCUUAAUGGCUGGCUACGCAUAGAUGACCAGUCAGUGAAAGUUAUUGGUCAGCAUCAGGUGGUGAAACAGACAGCUGAACGCACAGUCUAUUUGCUUUACUAUCGUCGUGUGGAUUUGCUGUAGAGGAAUUAAAUGAAAAAACAGGACUAGAAAACACUGCCCAUCCUCUCUGUUGCAAGCUUCCCACUGCUUUUCCAGCAAAGAGGCUUUUCCAAUAAACCCUUCCUUUUUCCUUUUUUGGUGGGGUGGGGAAGUAAACUUAUUUGACAUUGCUUACUUUGUUCCUGCUGCAUUUGUGUUUUAGAAGUACCAAAAAAAUGUUGGGGAAUAUUAAUGAUGGACAACAGACACAGGUUUCUGCCCUGUACUAAUGUUAAACAGGUAAAUAGAUAAAUGUGGCAACUCAACGUGCUUAAAAAAGCAAAAGGUUGUGGUUUGCCUUUUCUGCAAGGGCAGUAGACAGUUAAGUUUUAAUUAUGCCUUCUUGGUUUGCCUCUUGGAAGACAGCCCUGCACCAGCAGACAAAUGCAUAGAUGUUAAUGUACAGUUGCCCACAUGCAUCACUUCAUAACUAUUUUUUCACCAGGUGAUCUUUCUUCCUUUUAUUUCUCUCCUUUUGAUUCUUCCCAUUUGUUUUUUUAUUUUAAACUUGCAUACUACUUGAGCCAUUUGGGAGGAAGAAGAGAUUGUCACUGUGUUAAAAGCCAGAAGAGAAAUAGAUGUUUUUGAGAGUAUAUUUGUGGAUUCUGGGUUUAGAAUUAGUAUGAAAAAAAAUUGGAUUAAAGGAACAGAAGAUGUUCUUUAGAAUAUAAAAAUGAUGAAAAAUGAUUUAAAAAGUUAUGUGCAAAUAAACAAAACAUUUAAGUAACUUAUGCUAUUGCAGAUUUAUUGCUGUUAAGCAAAAAUAAUGCAGAAUCUUAGGGAUGAUGGGUGAUUAUUACUUUAGAAGGCCUCUUGUAGGAGAUCUAAUCCAUUUGCUUUCUAUGUACAAAGGCUGGAGAUGAAAUAGUGAUGCUUGAAGUAUUCUAUUAAAACUAUUUCACAUUGUU